GCCAAAUCUGUGGUUGGAGAAAAGCGGGUACGAUUUGGCGCCAUCACCUACUCUGACAACCCUCAUUUAGAGUUCACACUAAAACAGUACUAUAGUCAAACUGAUAUUCUGAGGGUUAUCUCAAACCUCAAAGCUUCAGGAGGACGCAGAAACACAGCCCGAGCCCUGAAGUAUACACUCAACUACUUUGAGGAAACACAUGGCGGACGACGAGCAAGGAAUGUUGGCCAAGUGCUAUUCCUGAUAACAGACGGCAAGAUUAAUGACGUAAGUGGUCUGGCAACAUGGCCUGAAUCCCUGGCAAAUUCAGAGGUCAACUUUUUUGCUAUUGGUACUGAAGAAGCAGAUGCUGAACAGCUAAAGGAGAUUGUGGGAAGGAAAGGAAGAGUGCACUAUGCAAAAACAUACAAGGAUCUGCAUGGUCUACAAAAACGGAUCACCCGAGAGCUCUGCAAUCUUACCAAACCAAUUUGUGAGAUGGAGGAAUCAGACCUUGUUUUUUUAAUUGAUGGAUCAGAGUCUAUUCACGAACAUAGUUGGAAUACUCUCAAAAAAACCAUGAUUGACAUUGUGAAAGAGCUGGAUAUUGCUCAAGACAAAUGGCGAGUGGGUGUUGCCCAGUUCAGCGAUAUACUCCUGCAUCAAUUUUACCUGAACACAUACACUAGUUUUGCAGAAGUGGAGGAAGCUAUAAACAAAAUUAGACAACGAAAGCAGGGCACAAGUACUUGGGACGCCCUGAGAAAUAUUCGAUACUACUUCACAAAAGAGAAUGGAUCCAGAAUAGAUGAAGGAGUAGCUCAGAAUCUCCUGCUGAUCACAGAUGGAAAAGCUAAUGAUGACAAAGACAUGAAUGCAUUAGAGUAUCUCAGAAACAAGAAGAUAUCAAUAACUGCCAUUGGGAUCGGUGAUGAAAUAAAGAAAUCUGAGCUGCGUGAAAUAGCUGGAUCAGCUGAUCGGGUCAUUAUUGAGACUUUUGAAGGCCUUGAACUGAAGACAACCAUAAGGAAAGUGUUACAUUUACUCUGUAAAGACACAAGACCACUACCACAACCCCCACAUGAUUGUGAUAUUGACAUUGCCUUUGGAUUUGACGUGUCCAGACGAACAAGCACACAAACUCUGUUCAGACCUCAGGUGGAACAGUUGGUUUCUGCAGCCAUCCAUCGUAUCUCCAUGAUUGGUGAUCUGUGCUGCGUCGCAAAGGACAAGAUUACAACUAGAUUUGGCUAUAGGCUUGUGUCUGGGACAGAUGGGAGUGUUCUGGAAGAUUUUGGCUUUGAGAAGUACAGCGAGGAUGUGGUGGAGAAAGUGAUGUCAUGGCGACCUACUGCACCCCUGGACUUUAACAAGCUUCUGUUAGAUUCCUUCAGAGAAAAGUUUGUCUCUUCCAAAGCCAAGGCAAAGGUUUUGAUAAUCUUUACAGACGGGCUGGAUGAUAACAUUCAGCGUUUAAUGGCGAGUUCAGAGAGACUUAAGCAAAGUGGGGUCAGUGCACUGCUGAUUGUGUCUUUGGAGGGAACAGUAGAUUAUCAACAGCUGGAAUUUGGCAGAGGUUUCAGCUACCUGCAGCCACUGACCAUCAACAUGCUAAAUAUAGGCAACGCUCUUAUGAAACAAAUUGAAACAGUAGCACUGAGGGAAUGCUGCGAUGUGCCUUGUUCAUGCACUGGUGUACCUGGACCACGAGGACCCCCUGGAAAACCGGGUCAAAAGGGAUACACUGGUCAGAAGGGUCAUCCUGGAUUUCCGGGAGAUGAAGGUAGUAUGGGAGAGCGAGGACCACCAGGGCUGAAUGGAACUCAGGGACACAACGGUUGUCCUGGAAACAGAGGAAUAAAGGGCCAGAGAGGCUACAAUGGAAAUAAAGGAGAAGAUGGGGACGAUGGGCUGGAUGGAGUGAAUGGAGAACAGGGUGAUGCUGGCUUAAAUGGGCUUCCAGGACCUAAAGGAGACCCGGGCAGUGCUGGUGAGAAGGGUUUCAGAGGCAGUCUUGGACCUAAGGGACACGGCGGAGUGAGAGGAGAUCCUGGUGCACCAGGAAGAGACAGCACAAUUUCAGGUCCGAAAGGCGAGAGGGGAGAUACUGGGCUCCCGGGUGACCAGGGCACUACUGGACCCUCAGGCAGACCUGGGGAUAAUGGUGAUCCUGGUGCUCCAGGGAGAAAAGGCCGACCAGGAGCGCCGGGUGCAUCUUCAAAUGCAAAAGGAGAAGCUGGACAGCCAGGUCUUCCUGGUUAUCCUGGACAAGUGGGACCACCAGGCCCAAAGGGGUUUCAAGGAGUUGGUGGUCCUCCAGGUGUACCUGGAAUUCAGGGUCCCUUUGGCCCAACUGGACCUGAAGGUUCAAAAGGAGGUCGAGGACCCAGAGGACCAAGGGGUCCACCGGGUGACCCGGGGCUCAAGGGAUCACAGGGACCAGAGGGAUUCAAAGGGCCUCUGGGACAAGAUGGAAGAGAUGGGUAUGGACCUGCGGGGCUCAAAGGACACAAGGGAAACAAUGGAUACUUUGGCCUCCCUGGUUUGCAGGGUGAGCAUGGUACCAAAGGAUCCAGUGGAAGUAAAGGACAUAAAGGUUAUCGAGGAAAACCGGGAAACACGGGACGUCCGGGUACUGAAGGUCCUCCAGGAGACAAUGGGAUGGAUGGACACAGGGGUGAAAAAGGUCCUCCUGGAAUCAAUCCAAUGCCUGAAUGUGACCUGGUCGAACACAUACGCAAAAACUGUCCUUGCUGCUCCGGUAAUGGUACCCAGUGUCCAGUUUACCCCACAGACCUGGCGAUAGCUUUGGACAUGUCUGUGGGUGUAACUCCUCAAGUUUUCCAGCGGAUGCGUUCUGCGGCUCUUUCCUUAUUGGAAGACAUUUCCAUUGCUGAAACAAAUUGUCCACAAGGAGCACGGGUGUCUGUGAUCGCCUACAACAGCGAGUCAAGGAUCCUGAUCCGUUUCACAGACCACCUGAAGAAGAAGACCCUUCUGGAAGCUGUAAGAACAUUACCUCUAGAGAGAACCACAAAAACCAGAAACAUCGGACAAGCCAUGAGCUUUGUUUCUCGGAACAUCUUCAAACGUGUCCGAAGCGGCAGGUUAAUGAGGAAAGUGGCUGUGUUCUUUACAAACGGUCCGUCGAGGGAUGACUCGAGCCUUGCAACAGCCAUGCUGGAGUUCAAGGCUGCAGACAUUGGCCUCGGAGUGAUCGCCUUUAGUCCUGCUGAUGAUGUGACCCGAGCAUUGCAGGUUGAUGACACGGGAAGCUACAUUAUCGUUGAUGGCAGAGGAGUAAGUCGCAUUAAGCAGUGCAUCAUUUGUUUUGAUCGUUGUAACCCAGACCCAGUGUGUGGUGUAAUUCUGCGGCCUCCACCCCUGCGGAUGGAUAUGGAUCUGUCUGUGCUGAUGGAUGGGUCUGAUAACGUGAACACUCAACACUAUGCAAAUAUGAAGGAGCUUCUGGUGUCUCUGUUGGACCGGAUCGAUGUGAGCAGCGAGCCGAGCAGAGCCGACAGAAAAACCAGGGUGUCCGUCUACCAGCAGAGCUCCGUUUAUGGCUCAUCUUACAUCAACGAGGAGUUCAGCUUCACUAAAUAUAAAGAUCGCAAUAUCAUGAAGAGGCAUAUUAAAGAUACAGUGAAGCAAGUGGGCGGGACAUCCCAUCCUGACUUUGCUUUGGAGUGGCUGAUUACUAACGUUAUCCUUAAAGUAGAAAGACCACGAAGCAAACGAAUGGUCAUGGCUGUUUUUGGUGAAGAUUUUAAGCACAGCAAAGCUCAGCUUGAUUAUUUGUCUAGACUGUGUAAGUGUCAGAAUGUUGUGAUGUUUAUUCUCAUGGCGGGACAGAGAUUCGACCGGACACAGAUGGAGGAGCUCACCAGUUCUCCUCUGGACCAGCACCUGGUGUUCCUGGAUGACAGAGGUUAUGGCACACGCUUCGCUUACGCCUUCCUGCAUAUGCUCCACAAAGGAAUCUUACCCCAGUCAUUAAUACCUACUCCUGAUUGUCGUGGGUUUGUGGUGAGGCCUGUUGAAACUGGACCACAAACCACAGAGAGUGCUAUUCUGCCCACUGAAGAGCCCACAGAAGAGCCCACCGAAGAGCCCACUGAAGAGCCCACCGAAGAGCUUUAUGAAGAGCUCACUGAAGAGCCCACCGAAGAGCCUUAUGAAGAGCUCACUGAAGAGCCCACCGAAGAGCCUUAUGAAGAGCCCACUGAAGAGCCCACCGAAGAGCCUUAUGAAAAGCUCACCGAAGAGCCCACAGAAGAAACUUAUAACUAUUAUGGAGAUGAGCAAAACAAAGAAUCAUUCAUUGAAGCCAGUCAAUAUGAUGACACUGAUCAAUAUAGAAAAGAGCACAGAAAGGACAAAAAGGACAAAAAGGAGCCCUCCAAGACUAAAGCACGCUGCUUCCUUGAGAAAGAUUCAGGCCGUGUGUGUGGAUCGUAUAUGUCCAGAUGGUAUUACAGCCAGCAAACUAAGAAAUGCAUGCGCUUCUGGUAUGGUGGUUGUGGCGGAAAUGAAAACCGAUUCUUGACUGAGGAUGAGUGCUUUAAGGAAUGUGUGUCUACAGAAUCUGAAAAUCUUCCCAAGGAUGAUUCCAGUAUCAAGGACAUUUGCCAGCUCAUACUUGAUGCAGGAACUUGCUCAAACUUUUCAGUGAAAUGGUACUUCAACGUCAGCAGUGGUGAAUGUGUCCAGUUCUGGUAUGGAGGCUGUGACGGGAACAGCAACAGGUUCAACACUCAGGAGGACUGUGAGAUUCGCUGUCUCAGGGACAAAAAAAUAUCUCCAAACGUCUAAACUGUGAUGUCUAAUGAAUUUUAGCAGCUUCAUUCUUUCGUGAUCAUGAUCAUAUUCUCAUCACGAUUGUCAAAUGGCAGCCAUAGAAGCAGUUUUAGCUAUAUGUAUUUACAUAUUUAGCUAAAUGUAUAUUUAGCUAAAUUUGAGUGUAGGAAUGAUUUGAUUACAAAAGCAGAAUUUGUUUAAAGGUGAAGUUUCUAAUGAUGUGUCAUUAUUUGCACCAGAAAGAAAUAAUGCAAAAAAUAAUGAUUCAUUCUCAAUCAUUUCAGUAAUCGUUCAGUUAGACUCAAGCCACAGGUUGAGACAAUGUUGUUAGACAGCUUAAAUGUUCAGAUUGCAAUUCUGUUUGGUGCCAUUAGCAGUGCAGAGAAAAGACAAAAAAAAAAAAAAAAAAUUAAACCUUUAUUAAAUCUCAAUUUCACAAAAUUCCUUGACUGAGUUGGUGAUGUAAUUUUUGUAACUGUUAAGAGGAAUAAAAACACUAUGAAGAUAGGA